AUGGUUUCAAAACUUAAUGUUCUGUCCAGAAAAAUUCCGGGGACUGUUCACGUGUUCACACUGUUCACGACUGUUCAUUGGGGGACUGCUCACGGCACUGUUCAUGGGGUACUGUACAUGGUACUGUUCGGGGUACUGUACACGGCACUAUUCGGGGGUACUGUUCACUGUACUGUACACGUGGUACUGUUCACUGUACUGUACACGGGAUACUGUUCACGGUUUCCAGAGAAGAAAAAAUUAUAUAGGGGAGUGAGACAGAGGCAUUGGGGAAAAUGGGUUGCAGAAAUAAGACUUCCACAGAAUAGAAUGAGAGUUUGGUUAGGUACUUAUGACACUGCUGAAGCUGCUGCUUAUGCUUAUGACAGAGCAGCAUAUAAACUUCGAGGCGAAUAUGCACGUUUGAAUUUUCCUAAUAUUCGCGAUCCGAGUAAGUUGGGAUUUGGAGAUAGUGAAAAAAUGAAUGCUGUGAAGAAUGCAGUGGAUGCUAAAAUUCAAGCUAUUUGUCAAAAGGUGAAAAGAGAGAAAGCUAAAAAGGGUGCCAAGAAAAAGAGUGAAAAUGAGAGUAAAGUUAAAGAAACUAUGGAUUCAUCAUCUUCUACUUCUUCUUUGGUUGGUGAUGUGAUUUCACCAAGUGUUUCUGAAGAUGGAUUAUGGAAAAGUGAGAAUUCAGAUUGUUCUAUUUUUGGUGACUGUUUAAAGGAGCCAUUAAUGGAAUCUGAAUUUGAUAGCUGUUCGCUUGCAAGAAUGCCUUCUUUUGAUCCUGAGUUGAUAUGGGAAGUUCUUGCUAAUUAG